AUGAUGAAGGGAAGAGAAACCAAAACAGCACCCUCUGCAGAUCUUUUAGUAUGUUUCCCUUCUCGAGCUCAUCAUCUUACUCUAAUGCCUAAGCCCAUUUGCAGCCCAGCCCGGCCUUCAGAGCCCAACAAACGACACCGCCACCACCACCGUAAGAAAUCAAUCUCUAGAGGCAGUGGUGGUGGUGGUGGCGGCGGCCAAGCUAGCCCUCUGCUAUGGACCAAGACCAAGUCAAUGGGCUACGAGAUUGCUGAACCAACCUCUCCAAAAGUAACUUGUGCUGGACAAAUCAAGGUGAGGCCAAAGGCCACUUCUUGCAGGAGCUGGCAAUCAGUGAUGGAAGAGAUAGAGAAAAUCCAUAAUGACAAGAAACAGAGGAAGCGUCUCAACUGGGCAGAGUCUCUCGGUUUCAAGAAGGAGGUAAUGCAGUUCUUGACUUGUUUACGAAGCAUAAGGUUCGACCUGAGGUGCUUUGGAUCCUUCUCUGGAACCGAUAUCACCACGGAAGAAGACGAAGAGGAUGAGGAUAUUGAUGAAGAAGAAAACGAUAACGAAGCAUCGAGAACUGUGUUUUCCAAAUGGUUCAUGGUGUUGCAAGAGGAGGAUCAAAAUAAUGGGCUUCACAGAGAGGGCAAGGAUAAGGUAAGAGAUGAUGGAUCAAUUGGCGAGCCCAGUGUCCCUCCUCCGAAUGCAUUAUUGCUCAUGCGUUGUAGGUCUGCUCCAGCAAAAAGUUUGUUCAGAGAGAUCGAAGAUGAUAAUCAUGAAGAAAAGGAAAAAGAAGAGAAGAAUGCACACAAAGAAGAAAAAGCUCAGGUACAGGUACAGGUACAGGUAAAGAAAGGGCAGAGUUUAAAGUCGUUAAUGGAGGAAGAGAAGAGAAAGAAUGAGAACUUGGUGAUGAUGCGAUGCCACUCUGAUUUUUAUGGCAUUUCUUCUGAUAUUGCCAAAGAGACAUGGAUUGUUGGCGGGCUAAGAGAUCUCAUGUCAAGGAGUCGAAGUUGGAAAAGAUGA